AUGAAUCUCACACCACAUAAUUUUGCAUCAGCAAAAACUCGCGUCGAUGUAUCCUACAGACGUCUCGAUAAUCCAGAAGCACCUGCAGUCAAGCUGACCAACGUCCUUGUCAGUGACCAGACACCUUUCAAGGAUGACGUAUUGACCAUUCGCUGUGACAUGCAGCGUCAUGGCAAAGGAGACGAUCAGCUCUACAGUGUCCAUGUCAAAGCGAAUAUUGCGAUUGAGCUUGUGCAGUUUGAAGUCAAAUACCUUGCCGAUAUUCAAACCAAGCGCAUGCUGGCCAACGGUUUCCAAAGUUGGAGCCAAGCCCGAGAAAUGGAUAAAGACGACAGAAUUCCCGCGAUUCGAUCCUCGGUUGCUUGGUACACCCAGUUAAAUUUACAAGGAGAUUAUGAUUUCUUUGCUCAUUCUGGAGAAAAGGGACAUAUUCAUUCCAGCAGUUAUACGCAUUUCCGCGACGUGACCAAUAACAUCCAGUUCUUCGGCUCAUUGUCGGAGCACCUUGGCUAUACUUACUUCAAGGGCGACUUUAACAACAAUGUCUUCAGUAUUUACAAGGAUGUACUGGGCAAGUCGGUGAAACAAGGCGAAGAAUUAGAGUUGGUAAAAAUCUUCAUGGCCGAAGGCAAGGAUGCUGAAAGUGCGAUUUGGGACCGCUAUGCUUCCUUUUUUCCGGAUCGCCGUGCUCUAAAGGGGGAUAACAACCAGCAUCGUCAUGUCAACGGAUGGACCUCUUGGUAUAAUUACUAUGGCGAUGUAAGCGAGGAUAUCGUGAUUCGCAACUUGGAAGCUUUGCAACGGUUCAACUAUUCUAUCAACGUGUUUCAAAUCGAUGACGGGUUCCAAACCGCUAUUGGCGACUGGUUGUCCAUCAAUCACAAGUUUCCAAGUGGCAUGAAAGCGAUUGCUCAGCGAAUCAAAGAAGCCGGAUUUACGCCUGGUUUAUGGUUAGCACCUUACGCAGUGGGAUUUCACAGUCGCUUAGCCAAAGAGCAUCCUGACUGGCUGAUCAAGGAAGCAGGAAGCGACAAACCGGUGGUGGCAGGACCCAACUGGGGCGGAUUCUAUGCUUUGGAUAUGUACCAUCCCCAAGCACGCGAGUACCUAAAAACCGUCUUCCACACGGUAUUGCAUGAAUGGGGUUUUGAUAUGUUGAAACUGGACUUUUGCUUUGCGGCUGCCAUGAUUCCUCGAUUAGGCAAAUCCCGUGGUGAGAUCAUGUGGGAUGCUAUGGAGUUCAUCCGCGAUCUUGUCGGACCCGAGAAACUGAUAUUGGGUUGUGGUGUGCCUCUUGCUUCGGCAUGGCGAAAAGUCGACUAUUGUCGCAUCGGAUCGGACGUCGCACCCUGGUGGGAAGGUGAGCUAUAA